CCUUCUCUCUGUAAAAUAAAUCCCAUCCCAAUCGGUUCCGUCGAGAACUCUUCCGCUUUUUCCGCAUCGUGCUUCUUUUCUCCUUUUUGGGGUUUCGAUGGCCACUGUCACUGCCACCGCCGACCACCGCAACUACCUCCAUCUCGAAUCCAUCCCCGUCGUAGACCUACGUCUCCUCUCCCAACCCGAACUCCUUUCCUUAUCUUUAUGCUCCUCUUCUCCUUCCCUUUCCAAUGCCGAAACCGAACUGUUCACUCCCAAAAUUGACCGCUCCGUAUUCAACGAGUCCGCCGGUAGUCGGAAACAGACUUUCUUCCGUCUCCGAUUCGGCGGUUCCCGGCCCCGCAGCCACCUACACGACCAACAUUCCUCUCCUUCGUCUGAGCCCUUCCCUCCUCCUCUAAACCUAAACCCUGAAUCUCUUGACGAAGAAAGCUCUAACGCCCUCUCUCUGCUUAAAUCACUUUUCAACAUCGAUGAUUCGCUUCCCGCUAACCCCGAAAUCGAUGAACCGUACGACAAUAAGGAUCUUGUGCCGGUUCAAAUCGAUUAUCCGAACGGGAACUCGAGUUUGCAGAAUAUUCCAGUCGACAUUGUUAGUAGUAGUGUAGGAAAAAGGAAGCGAGGGAGGCCGAGGAAGGACGGGAAAGAUAAUUGGCUGAUUGAGAGCGAGCGUUUACCAGUAGAGGAAUGUAAAGAAACGGAAACCUUAGAUAAGCCAAAUGAAACACCUGAUGCGGGCAACAGUAGCAGUUGUAACGGAGGGAAGAGGAGGAGAGGGAGGCCACGAAAGGAGGAGAGUCAAAGUAGAAUGAUUGGAAACGAGCAAAAGAAAUUUGAGAGCGAAAUCGAGAAGGCAGCAUUGGGGAAUGUGGAGCAGAUUCUGGGAAUUGAAGAAGAGUUGAGGAGGAGGACUGAGGGGAUUGUGACAGAGGCGCAACUUUUUGAGUUUAUGGGGGGUUUAGAAGGGGAAUGGUUGACGAAAAACCACAAGAAGAGAAUUGUUGACGCCGCUGGGUUUGGGAAUGUCCUUCCACAAGGGUGGAAGCUUUCGCUCUUUGUGAAGAGGAGAGGCAACCUUUUUUGGUUAGCAUGUAGCCGAUACAUAAGCCCUAACGGGCAACAGUUUGUAUCCUGCAAAGAGGUUUCUUCAUACUUGCACUCCUUUGGUGGACUUAAAGAUUCAAGCCUGGAAACUUCAAAUCUCUCUGACAGUGGCAUUGAUUUUGGUGUCAAACCCUCAUCUGGAAAUUUGCCAAGAACAAAUAAAUCUUCUGAACCCGAGAAGCGAGCUCCCUUACAAAGAAUGGAUAGUCCUAGGGAAGUCCAGAGAGUUGAAAUAAUAAAAUGCCACAAAUGCACCAUGACUUUUAAUUUGCAAGACGAUUUUAUAUGCCACCUGCUAUCAUCUCACAAAGGACCAGCAAUGAGUUCUGGACAUGAUACCCCAACUAUUGGGGAGGUAAAAAACAAAAGUGGAAAAUAUGAGUGCCAGUUUUGUCAUGAACUAUUUGAAGAAAGGAAUUGCUACAGUAUCCAUAUUGGGAUUCACAUAGAAAACAAUACGAAGAAAGUUGAAGGUUAUGUUGGAAAGCAAAACAUCGUGCAACCAAUAAAUUCUUCUGGCAACAAUGAAAUAGGACCUGGUUUUCGCUGCAGUGAAUCUAAUGAAAAUCCUCUGGUUCAGACGUUUACUGAUAACAAUCAUGGAUGCAAUUUAUUGUCCAUUGAUGAACAGGAUAAGGUUAACAGGAAAGAGAAAGUUUUAGCUGAGAAAAACUGUGAUAAACAAGGUAAAUUCUAUUCCGCAAUUGGUAAUAAAGGAGACGUCAAUGAUACUGCUGCAGCUGCUGAUCUUAAUGUUUGUUUGGGUUCCGAAAAUGUCUUGUUUACUGCUGAUAAACAAGGGAUUUCCCAAUCUUCACGUAAAAUAGAUGUUGGAUUUGCCCUUCCAGUGGAGGAGAAGAAGAGAGAGUUUGCUUCAAAUACCAGUUUCCUUGCUCCAAAUGCCAAGGGAAAUAUCAUUACUGAUAUGAAUAUUGAGGAUAGACAUUUUCCUAGCUUUUUGAAAGGAAUGGAAGCUGAUUUGAAGGAUAAAGCUACAAGGGAUGACCGAAAAGCUGGCCGUGUUGAUACUAGCACAGGGCUGGAUAAUGUCAGAGUUGAUGUUAAGCAGGAAAAUUACAGUGAAGGUUAUUCACUCAUUCCUUCUGGCAACAAACAAGGAGUUAAUCUCGUAGAUCAUUUGAAAGGGGCUUCUGUUACAGUCGAUUCCGCACAUGAAAGAGGUUCUGGGUGUGGUUUAACUUCGUCUAAAGAUGAUCAAACAUGUGUCGUCAACAAUAAUUCGAUUCUUGUCUCUGGCACAGUAGUUGAUCCCGAGUCCAUUAUGGUCAAUGAGUCUGCAAAUAUCGAUCCUACUGUUUGUUUCCAAAGCCAUCUCCCUAUGAAGAAACCCUCACACGAGAAAAGUGAAACUGUAUUGCUUACAUCUCAUGGAAGGGAUCAAAUUUUUCCUUCCGACAAUAAUGCAUUUAAGGUCUUUAGCCAGACGGUAGAGAUGUCUGAACUUGAAAAGGCCCAAAAUUCUAGUGGAUUAAUUCAAGGUGUGAACAGGCAUGGCAGUGGCGUGGGUGCUAACAUCCUGGCUAGUGUCAAGCAUGGAAAGACUAAAGACCAUCAAUUUGGUCCAUCUUCAUACAAGAAAACAUCCAUCAGCACACCAGAGUAUAAACAGGAUAAAGGGUCUGAGAGCAUUCUCUAUCAACAAUACGCUAAUCAACAAAACAGUAACUAUGACAAUAGUAUGAACAAAGCUUCUUUCUUUACGAUAGAGGAUCCCAAACACAAAGUGGCAAGCUCCUUUGCUGGAAGUGCUUAUGCUAGACCAGGCACAUUUUCUUCAGCAGGCACUGUGCACGAAAGUUGUCCACCUCAUUUUUCCGGAAACAGGGAUAAAAUUGCUGGUAAAAAUAAUGUGCCUGGUAUUAGAAGUGGUGGUCUUGAACCAAAGCAAAAUAAAGGUGCUUUUGGGAAUUUCUUCAGUCUAUCCAGUAGCGAACAAACACAUGUGGCAAGUAAUGUGAGCAUGAUUCAUGCAGGCAGAGCUCAUAAUGGAUCUAGGUUACAGGAUUUUGAAAAUGCAAGGAAUAAUGAAAUGAUGAUUGGUUAUUCCAAUCAUGCCCGACCUAUUGAGGAUUCCAUGACUGGGCUCACAUGGAAAAGUAAUGAAGGAAAUGUUCUGCUGAGUGGUUUGGCUGAUACUUCAUCUCAAUUGUUGCCAUCAUCCAGUUAUUACCCUACAUUUGACUGGAUGUCACAUAAGGGUGAAAGUGAAAUGUUCGACAUUAGUGGAAAGUGCAGCAGUGUAUCGGGUUUUGACGGGCUGCAAUCAGAUAGCAUAGAACACAUGGAAUAUAAUUUUCUGACUGCUCAACCAAGUUCUUGUUCAGGAAAUUCCAAGGGUGGAAGUGAAAUGUUCAACAUUAGUGGGAAGGGCAGUAAUGAAUCAGGUUUUGGAGGGAUGCGAUCUGAUAACUUAGAACAUAUGGAAUAUAGUUUUAUGACUGCUCAACCGAGAUCUCGUUCAGUAAACUCUAAGGUACCAUCGUACGAUUCAGAAAUGGCAUUAAAGUUUGAUUCCUCUGUUUGGCUUGGAAAGGAUGCCUUGCCACUGUUGCCUAAAAUAGCUGGUAGACAUCAGGUUACCGUGUGUUCUUGUUGUGGAAAUGAGCUUUAUAAUGAGGCUGUUGACAUCGGGGCACAAAGAAGCUCAAUGAUUAUGUGUGCCAACUGUCGGGCUAGGUUCUCUAGGAACCAUGAUUUUAUGUAGAUGUUUACAAGCAUACCAGCAUGUGUCAUUACCAAGGUCUAUGAUACAAGACAGCAUCUGAAACAAAGUUGAAGGUUGUUCUAGUUUGUUGGUCGAUGAAAUUAUUGUCCUCGCAAAUUACACAAGGCAGAGUUUGCAGUUGUGAUAUGACUUUUGUUUUGCCUUUCACUGUUGAUGCUUUUCCCUUGGUCCAAAUCAUCGUGUUGGCAUUUGAUUCUCAUGGAUAUUGUAUGGUUCCCGUUAUUUCCAGCACAAGUAAGAAGUGAGAAAAGCAUUACGCUAUGACUUGGCAUAACUGAGACACAUAACCUUAGCCUGUGUUGUACUUUUAAGCAUUUUAAAUGUGUUGUGCAGCAAUUACUUUUUUGCUUAUUGCACUGCUUGGAUAUUGGCUCAUUUGUAUGUACAUCGCAACACCCGGUCUUUCUUCUUUUUCUGUUGGUGGUAUGCUAUAGUCUGAACUAGGGUUGUAGGCUAGCAAUUAGCAUUAGAGACAUCAGCACCCCUCCUUUCCCCCUGGAUUUGCUUGAUGAUUCCAUGUAAAAGUAGUAGUUAAAAACAUUGUUGUUGUAUUUGAAAUCAGGUAGCUCUUUAGUUUUCUGUA